GUUGUCGUUUCUCUUCGUUGUUACACCUCAGUGUCGACGGAUCGUAUCGCGAACGAAGAAGAACGGAGUUGACUCCGCACUACGCGAAGCUUUGUUGUUUCCACCAUCAACCGGCUGUUAACCUUGCGAAGCAAUCAUGUCGGGCGCUGAUGCUCCCAGUGUUAAAUCCGAAACCCCGAACAACGUACCGCCCGAAAACACGAACGAUAAUCAACGUGGACCUGGAGGCGGUGGACGUGGCGGCGGUGGCGGCGGCGGCGGUGGUCCUCGAGGUAGAAAAGGAUCCCGAUUUUCCGGAGGACGAGGUGGAGGUGGAGGCGGCGGUGGCCCAGGACCCAGAAACGAUGUACAGGUGAAAAUGAAUGACUCGAUGGACGGAGGUAUGGACGUAUCAAUGUCAGACAUUGGUAGUGGACGAGGAGGGCCAGGCCGUGGAGGAAGAGGCGGACGUGGCGGAGAUCGAGGAAUGAUGGGUGGGAGGUCACAAGAUGACCGUCUAAUGGAACGUAUAAUAAAUUUGAACGGCCCGACACAUGAGCUUCCGCCUCAAGAUACGACGGAGAAAAAAUUCAGUGGCAGAAAUCGCUUGUAUGUUGGUAAUCUUACCAAUGACGUCACGGAAGAAGAACUUCAAACUAUGUUCAGUGCGUUUGGAGAAGUUUCGGAGAUGUUUGUAAACAACGAGAAGAAUUUCGCAUUCCUACGAAUGGACUUCCGUGCAAACGCAGAAAAAGCAAAGCACGAACUAGAUGGUUCGAUGAGAAAAGGUCGUGCGAUCAAAGUACGCUUUGCUCCGCAUUCGUCAGCUAUUAAGGUCAAGAAUCUUACUCCUUGGGUGUCGAAUGAACUCUUGGAAAGAGCGUUCAGCGUAUUUGGCGAGAUUGAACGUGCGACAGUGAUUGUAGAUGACCGUGGAAAAAGUAUGGGCGAGGGAAUAGUCGAAUAUUGUAGAAAACCAGGCGCACAACUGGCGCUUAGGAAAUGCAGCGAAGGAUGCUACUUCCUUACUGCUUCUCUCCGACCGGUUGUUGUUGAGCCUUUCGAACAGCAAGAUGAUAUAGAUGGCUAUCCGGACAAAAAUUUACCGCGUAAGAACCAAGAAUUUUACAAAGCUCGUGAAGUUGGACCCAGAUUUGCACAGAUCGGUAGCUUUGAGCACGAGUACGGCACAAGGUGGAAGCAGCUCCACGAACUUUACAAACAGAAGGAAGAGGCGUUGAAGAGAGAAAUGGCCAUGGAGGAAGAAAAGCUUGAAGCACAGAUGGAGUUUGCUAGAUAUGAACACGAGACUGAGCUUCUCCGCGAACAGUUACGAAUGCGCGAAGCUGACAGGGAAAGGCAAAAGCGAGAGUGGGAGAUGAAGGAGAGACAAGCCGAGGAGCAGAGGACACGAGAGGAAGAACUGCGGAGGAGACAACAGGAAGAAAUGGCGAUACGUAUCAGGCGACAAGAGGAAGAAUUACACAGAAGACAGCAAGAGAAUAACCUCUUUAUGCAGGAACAAGCCAUACGCGGUGGAGGCGGUGGUGGAGGCGGAGGCGGAGGUGGAGGUCCUGGCAGCAUUGGCGGUAAAAAUUAUGAUGCCAUCAGUGUGAAUGACCGUGAUGGAUUUGGUCAACCAGACGGCGGAAACAACUUGCCAGUGGAUCCAAAGUCUUUCCUAGACGCGUAUAAUAACAUGGAUCGUGGGGGUCGCGGCGGCGGUGGUGGAGGCGGUUAUAGCGACGACCGUGGUCAAAUAAUGGAUUUGAUGGACAUGAGGGUCGAUAUGGGAAGCAUGGGUAACAUCGGUAACAAUCGGGGUGGUAACGGCGGCGGCGGCGGCGGUGGAGGCGGCGGGGGAAAUCCCCGCUGGCAAGGAAACGACCGUGGUCGACCCGACGAUUAUCCUAACAAGCGAAGGCGAUAUUGAUACGAGAAUGACGAAGUGCAAUCGCCUAAAGUAUGAACAUUACACUAACGACGGAGAGACAGAGGAAAGGAGAAGAAGAAGAAGAAGAAGAAGAGAAAGAAAGAAGAAGGAGCUAAGGAAGAAGAUAACGAGGUCGACAGAAAUCCAAGAGUUGACGGAACGUUUUUUUUCCGCGAUAACAAUUUUACCUACGUUUUACUACACGCCAUCGUUUCGUAUUUUUUUUAUACAUGUAUUAUAAUAUGCGACACACUCGUUCUCGACGUACGUUUGAUGAAUCAGUUUGAAAUGAAAUUUUUUUUUUUUUUUUUUUUUUUUUUCAACUGACGUCGCGUUGUUCUUGUGCAGUGAAAUAUGCAGUUUCGAAUUCGAAAGAUGUUUUAAAUUUAAUACCCAGCAUUAAAGAUAAGAUAAGUUGACAAAAAUGAAAAACUGCGUCAUAUCAUAAAUUAUGAAGAAUUUAAAGCAGCAAGGAAGAAGGUGUUGUUGAGACUUUUAUGACCGAGAAUCGAGUCUUCGGACUUUUUGAAAAUAUCGAAGAAACUGGGUGGGAUCAAGGGGGUGAAAUUUUAUCGUAAUAUUUCACUUAAGUCGUCUAUGCACGAAUCGCUACGUAGGAAAUCUUCGUCUCCGUCGACGUCGUCGAUGCUCUGAAAUUAUUCUUAGUCUUGUGUCUAAUUCAUUGUCUACCUUUGGAACCAGGAGCGUGUAUUGUGAUGUACACGAGAACUUUAUCAGGUACUAGAAAAAUAUUGACGGAACUCUGUUUGAUACUUUUAUUAAGUUUAAUCUCGUAUACGUUUUUUUGUCAUUCAACCGCUUCCCGUUUUAUACAUUAUUUUUUUUUUUUUUUUUUACAUUGUUAGCAACACAGAUCUCGUAACUUUGUUAAACUAGCUUGAACGGAAAAAAGGAAAUUUGUGAACUAACAUCGAUCGUUCACUCUGCGGUGUUAACGAUUACACGAUCGUUGCUAUCGUCGUUAACUUUAGAAACGAAAAGAAGAAGCAACUUUGUUGCUGAUUUUCCCGCAGCAUCUUCUUUUCUUUUUUUUUUUUUUUUACCCGUUUUUUCAAUGAAAAUUCUAUUUCGACACUUGCGAUAAUUGGAAGAUCCAGAUUUUUGUCGAAUUUACUUAUAGAAACGUUCGAUCGAAAUCAGGGUGUAAAAAAAAAAAAAAAAAAAUCCAUUCCACGGAUUCAUCAGCUGAGAAAUUGAUCUGGUAUUAGCGCUUCAAUUUAACGGCUCAUUUAUCAUUACGAUCUUACGAUCUUACAAUCACGAAGAAUAUAUAGAUAAUCGACGUGACUUGACUGUAUUAUUAUUAAUUAAUACGUUGUACUUUAUAUAUAUAUUAUACAAAUAAUAACUACCAAUUAGUAGUGUGUAAGUGUGGAGGUAUUAAUUUUGACUGAAAUCAACUAUGUGGAUAUCUAACUUGAAUGUUUUGUUACAAUAAUUUGAAGA